AUGGAGAAAUCGUCCACAGUCAGCCAACCUGUCCCACAGAAGCAAAAGGAGGUGGAUGAUGACAAACAGGAUGGGAGACUGCAGGUGGAGCAGGGGACCACAGAUGAGGCGUUAACAGACCAAAAAGCGAUGGCAGGAGAGGCUUUGAACAGGAGGAGCAUCUGGGAGCCAAGUGUGUACUACGCGCUGGGAAAGGAGUCUUUCUAUUUUGCUGGUCAUGACAUCAGCAUCCGCGAGUCUAUGGAUUCUUAUGGUGCUCUGAUCUGGCCUGGGGCGAUAGCUUUGUGCCAGUUCUUGGAGAAUAACCAGCAACAAGUGAAGCUGAUGGACAAAGCAGUGCUGGAGAUUGGGGCUGGGACUGGUUUGCUUUCAAUAGUGGCCAGUCUGCUUGGUGCUUGGGUGACAGCUACUGACCUGCCAGACAUCCUGUCAAAUCUGACCUUUAACCUAAUGCGGAACACCAAGGGCCGGUCCCGCUACACUCCUCAGGUGUCGGCCCUUACCUGGGGUCAGGACCUGGAGCGACACUUUCCCUACCCGUCCUACCACUACGACUACGUGCUUGCAGCUGAUGUAGUCUAUCCCCACGACUACCUGGAAGAACUGCUGAAAACCAUGCGACACUUUUGCCGACCAGGAAGUCAAACAAUGCUGCUGUGGGCCAACAAGAUCCGCUUCCAGUCAGACUUGAGGUUCACAGAGUGCUUUAAGAGCAGUUUCAACACCACCUUGCUCAUUGAGCUCCCACAGCAGGAGGUGAGGAUAUACAAGGCCACAGCAAAGGAGUGAUGGAGGAGCUUCAAGGGUGGAAGACGACGCAAAAGGAUUUGUGUUUGGUUUUGUUUUUUGAGGGAAAAAAGGAAAUUCCAUUUUCCACUUGCUGAUUUAAGUCAAUGUAGAGAAAAG